UGCCAUGGCGACCACAAACUCACAGGCGUUAGCUUCACCAGCUAACUUCAGCAUCAUAAUACCGGACGCGUUUAGCUGCAUAACUUCAGUGUGAUAAUGGAAGAAGAAGAUAGUCCUCCUGUUUUGGGGGCAACAUCCAGGAUAAUUCCUCUCGCUGUUCCCAAAGGAACAGACAAGCUGUGUGAACUUUGUGAAAGUGAAGCGAAGCUGCAGUGCAACGGCUGUAGGCUCACCUUCUACUGUGAUGCCGAGCACCAGCAGGCUGACUGGGUGGGGAUCCACGAGAGAAUCUGUCAGCUGCUUGUUCCCAUUCGUACCCCGACGCUCUUCACUCUCAAAGGCCACAUGGAAACGCAGCUUAGAAAGACGGAGCUGAUAGAGAUCUGCAGGUCGGUGGCUCAGAACAAGCUGUCUGAGGGGAAACAUCAGGAGGCUCUGCCUGCUGCCCAGUUCUGCCUGCGCUGCUCUAUAGAAGUCCACGGCUCCAGUACGGUCCAAAUUGUCCCGGCCUACCUGCUGCUGGCUGAGGCCAACAUGGGUUUGGGUAAUCUAGCCCGGGUAGCGGAGCUCCUGUCCCAGGCAGAGUGGGCGGUGGUGAAGAGCCCAGAACACGCCGUCCCCCACCGGCUGCACAGGAGCCUGGGCCGCCUCCACAUGGCAACUGGAAACCUGGACGUGGCUCUGUUUAACUUUGCAAAUGAUAUAUACUUUGCCAGUGAGGAGUACGGUCUGGACAGCACCGUCACCUGUGGCGGCUACGUCCUAAUGGCUGAAGUGUUUGCCAAACGGGGUGAGAUGCCCGUUGCUCAUUCCUUGUACUCUAAGGUGGCUCAUAUUUGGCACCGCCAUCUGACCAAAUGCCUCAAGACCCACGUCCCAGAUGUCCAAAAUCCUGACAUGGUGUCGGAGUCCUCUUACGACAAAGCCCAGCGACUUGAAGUAGAAGAGAUGUUACAAACCAUGUUGGCGUUUUUGCAGAAUGACUCCAGAAUGGACUCCGCUCAGAUUGCGCUGGUGUCCCACUGCCUGGCCAUGUUGUGCUUCCUGGGAGGAGACUCCCUAAAGGCUCUGGGAUUUGGCAGCGCUGCCCUGCAGGCCAGCCAGCUGAUACCAAACCAUGACCUGACAGAGCCCAUCCAGGACCUGCUGCAGCUGGUGCAGAGUCUGCAGACAGAACCGCGUCCCGGUUCGGGACUAGUCGCCGUACCUGAGAUCUGCUCCGCCGGGAUCAUCUGUGAUUCACCUGUGGAAAUGUAGAAACCACUGAGUUCAAAUAAAACAUUUAUGAGUACAGAG